AUGCAGUUCCUCGGCCGGCUCGUGGACACUCUCAACAGCGUCACGCAGAUAUUCACAAACCCCUACCGGGUAAAGGAGGUGUCUGUGGCAGAGUAUGCGGCCCAUCCCCGCGUGAGGGAAGAAGGCCAGAUGGUCCUGUACAGGAACAGCUCCGCGCACUCCUGGGAUUGCCUCCUGGUGAAUCCUCAGAGGCCCCGGGUCGCCUUCCGGCUCUUCCAGCUCAUCAACGAGGGAGAUGCAGCUAUGCAUUUUGAGCAGUAUACCAGGCAGCUGCGCCCCUUCUACGAGAGCUCUACGCAGCCCUUGCCCUUGGAGGUUCUCCAGCAGCUUACCAACUGCUUCCGCAACCAUCCCAGCUGGUCCGUGGCCCACGUGGCUGCGGAGGUCGGCCUUCAUGAGAGCUUCCGGCACAACCACGUCCUGAGCUGUGUGAACAGCACGGAGAGCGAGGAGGGCUGCACACCACUGCACCUGGCGUGCCGACGGGGGGACGUGGCCUGCCUGCAGGAGCUGCUCGAGUGCCACGCGCGCCUCGAUGUCGCCGACAGGAAUGGCGAGACUGUGUUCCACUACGCCGUGCGAGGGAGCAGCCCCGAGAUCAUCGAGCUCCUGGGAAGAGCCCCAGCCGUUGGUUUGAACCACCUGAGCCAUGAAGGGCUGACCCCUCUGCAUCUUGCUUGCUUUCUGGGCAAAGAGGAUGUGGUUUACUCUCUGCUCAAGUGUCGUGCCAGCUGCAACAUCAUAGGGACGCUGGGCUAUCCCAUCCAUGUGGCUCUGAAGUACUCCCAGAAGGGGUGUGCCCAGGCCAUCCUCGAAGCAGAUGCCAGCCAGGUUCGCUCCAGGGACCCUCGCUAUGAAGCCAUUCCACUGCACUGGGCAAAGAACGCAGAGCUGACGCGGCUGCUGCUGCAGCAUGACUCCGAGGUGAACGCCGCGAGCCGCACCGCCGACACGGCCCUGCACGUCGCCGUCAGCAGGGGCCGCUUCGACUGCGCCAUGGUGCUCAUCACGCAUGGGGCCUGCGCCAACGCCAAGGGCCAGGAUGGCAAUACGCCGCUGCACCUGGCCAUGAAGCAAGACCAUCUAGACAUGAUCAAAGCCCUCAUUGUGUUUGGAGGGGAUGUGGAGAUCCCUAAUGACUUUGGGGAGACCCCAGGGCUGUUGGCAGCGCGGAGCAGCAAAGGUGCGAACCGGAAAGUGCUCUUAGACCUGCUGCAAUCUGUAGGGACCGAACGCUGCCACCCACCCAACCCUGACUCCCCAUGUCUAGCACCACCUGCGGCCUCCCUCUUCCUGGAAGGGCAGCCUCCCCCACGGAGCAACUUCAGCAGCUUAGGAUACCAAGACCUUCUCUAUGUUUCCACGGUGGUUGGACAGUUGUUUAAGACACCAGACUUUGUGGACUCACCCAGCGAGGGAGGGAGAAAACAAGACCGCCUCCUGUGCCUGGAUGGAGGGGGCAUCCGGGGCCUGGUGCUCAUCCAGCUCCUCCUGGCUAUCGAGAAGGUUGCGGGCCGGCCCGUUCGGGAGAUUUUUGACUGGAUCGCGGGGACCAGCACUGGGGGGAUCUUGGCCCUGGCUAUCGUACACGGGAAGUCCAUGGACUACAUGCGCUGCCUGUACUUCCGCAUGAAGGACAUGGUGUUCCGGGGGUCUCGGCCCUACGAGUCAGAGCCCCUGGAUGAAUUCUUGAAGAAGGAAUUUGGGGAAAACACCAAAAUGACAGAUGUCCGAAAACCCAAGGUCAUCGUGACCGGGACGCUGUGUGACCGGCAGCCAGCUGAGCUCCACCUCUUCCGCAAUUAUCCUGUCCCCGAGACAAAAAUCUCCACAGAGUACAAGACCACGGCAUCUUUCAAACCACUGACUCAGCCAGAAGAGCAGCUGGUGUGGCGCGCUGCCCGCUGCAGCGGGGCAGCUCCCACUUACUUCCGGCCCAUAGGCCGCUUUCUGGAUGGUGGGCUCCUGGCAAACAACCCGACCCUUGAUGCCAUGACGGAAAUCCACGAGUACAACAAGACGCUGAUCAAGAAGGGGAAGAAGCAGAAGGUGAGAAAACUGGGGCUGGUGGUUUCCCUGGGGACCGGGAAGCCUCCGCAGGUGCCAGUGAGCUCCGUGGAUGUCUUCCGCCCCUCCAACCCCUGGGAGCUGGCAAAGACCGUCUUUGGGGCCAGGGAGCUCGGCAAGAUGGUGGUGGAUUGUUGCACCGACGCAGAUGGCCCCGCUGUGGAGCGUGCCAGGGCCUGGUGUGAGAUGACAGAUGUCCCGUAUUUCCGGUUGAGCCCGCAGCUGCACACGGACGUGAUGCUGGACGAGGUGAACGACACGGUGCUGGUGAACGCCCUCUGGGACACCCAGCUCUACAUCUACCAGCAGCGGGAGCAGUUUGAGCAGCUGGUGCAGCACCUCCUUGCCCGGUGACCCACCUGGAGCUGCCUGCUCUG